CGUGGCGCGCGGACGGCGGCCCGCGGAGCCGGACGGUAAAGCUCCUCUCUGAGCCGCUUCGGCGCGCAGGGCCGGUGCCGGGACGGACGGACGGACAGACGAGAGGAUUGUGUGCCGCGAGACCCGGGUCCCACCCCGCGCUGGCCACCCACGACCCUCGAGUGGCACCCCCGGGACCCUCCGAUCCGUGGCUGCCGGGUCUCCGACGUGACCCACCGCUUCCCGGGUGUCCGCGUCCCCACGAGCACUAUGAACGAAGAGGAGCAGUUUGUAAACAUUGACUUGAAUGAUGACAACAUUUGCAGUGUUUGUAAACUGGGAACAGACAAAGAAACACUCUCUUUCUGCCACAUUUGCUUUGAGCUAAAUCUCGAGGGAGUACCAAAAUCUAACCUUUUACACACCAAAUCACUGAGAGGCCAUAAAGACUGCUUUGAAAAAUAUCAUCUAAUCGCAAACCAGGAUUGUUCUCGAUCCAAGCUUUCCAAAAGUACUUAUGAAGGAGUCAAAACCAUUUUGAGUAAGAAGAUAAACUGGAUUAUACAGUACGCACAAAACAAGGAUAUGGAUUUGGAUCCCGAAUGUUCCAAAACUACCCAACAUCACCUGUUUAAUUUCCGGCAUAAGCCAGAUAAGAAAUUACUCCCGCAGUUUGACUCCCAAGUGCCAAAGUACUCUGCCAGAGGGCUAGCUGGGCACGCGGGCGGCAUCUCAAGCUAUACGCAAAGAAUCUUGGAGCACAGAGAAAGUACAGACUUCGGGCUUGCAAUAUUGCAAGACUCGGAUGUACGGUGGCAUCCCAAACACAACCAGGCACAGAAGAAAGAAGAGAUAAGCUCUGGCCCAGAGGCGAAUGUCCAGAGCCAGAAUCCCCAUUAUAGCAGAGAGGAACUAAAUUCAAUGACUCUUGGUGAAGUAGAACAACUGAAUACAAAGCUCCAACAGCAAAUCCAGGAAGUUUUUGAAGAGUUAUCUCAGCAAGUGCAAGAAAAAGACUCUUUGGCAUCAGAGCUCCAUGUCCGUCAUGUUGCUAUCGAGCAGCUUCUCAAGAACUACUCCAAGCUACCAUGCCUGCAGGUGGGACGGGCAGGGACGAGGUCACACCUGUCCAUGAACAACUGAGCUGAAUGCAGUUUCUGUGCUUUUCCCUCUUUCGGUCUGCCAGGCAUGUGAACCUAGAAAACGCUGGAAGAAAGCUACAGUCCAUUUUUGUGGUUGUACUUGAAAAACCUAAGAUAAUAUUUAUUAAUCUAAUAAAGCAGAUCACUGUAGUCUAGGGUUAAUCAUUUGGCUUUAUUUGGGGACUUUUUCUUAUAAUUACUAAAUGUCCCUCCCUUUUACCAUGUGUGAAUACUUAAAUAUCCUGUUACAAUGUGUUCUUAUUGGACAUUUUCUAUUGUAACUCAACUGUCAAAACAAUAGACGCCUAAUUAGGUCUUAUGUUAGUCUGAAACUACUAGAGAUAGUUUUUAAGAGGGAAGUAGAAUUUAUAAUAUCAUCUUAUUUAUGAGCAAUAUUUUAAUAUAAAAUUUUAUAUAAAAUUGCUAUUUUGGGUAUUUUCCAUUGUCUUUGUAAAUGUGUAUUUGAAUGGCCAUGUGUAUUCCAUGUGUGAAUAUGUCUGCCCAUAUAAAAGAUCACUGCAUUUUGGAGAUACAGUGUUUUUAUAACUGUUAUCUUUCUUUCCAAAGAUAAAUGUGUUUUGGAUAGUAUUUGGAGAAGCAAUCUACCUAGUUGAGCUGUGUUAAAUACUAACAGCAUAUGGAAGUGAAGUUAAUCACUCUUAAAGCAAAUAUUCAAGGAAAUAAAGCACAUUGUUGUUUUCUAACAAAGCAAUUCUGAAUUAGCUUAGGAAGAAAAUACUUUAGUGAUCCUUGUGUGUCAGUCUCCGUUAAAAGAAGAAGCCCUGCUCUGCUUCUUAACUCAUGACUUUCUUUGAUGUGUUCAUUUUUGGAUAAAGUAAAUCAUCUCUCAGCCCUGAGUCCAGUGUAACUCCUAUUCUCAGACUGCAGCUGUCCUGUUUGGGUAGGGGAAGGAAAAUUAUUACGUGUGCCACUGCACAUGAAAUCCCAAUGAUCUGUUCACUGUCCAAAUUCUGCUGUCAGCAUCACUGAAGUCAGUCCU